AUGAGACUCGCUCGUUUAUUAGGCGCCCUAGGCUUGUUGGCCUCCGCCCUUGCCUCCCACCCCAUCCGGAAGACCCCUCGCAACUACGAGACGAGCGACUACUACCUACUCCACCUCGAUGAUGGAGUCUCUCCCCAAGAUAUAGCGCGCCGACUCGGCCUCGAGCAUGAUGGCCAGGUUGGCGUCUUGGAUCAUCUCCACGUCUUCUCCGCGCCCAAAUCCAACGUCGAUUUCGUCUCCGAUGCCCUCCGCACACGAAAACUGAAACGAGACCGCGGCCCCGAUAUCCUAGACGGCGUACGCAUGGCGAAAAAGGACAUCCCGCGAAAACCUUGGUCGAAGAGGAUCCCCCCUGGAUACACGUCACGUCCCGCCAGCCCUCGCGCCGAUAAACCCGACGAUGGCGCUGUUAGGAUGCAGCGUGAGGUUAUGGACACUCUGGAUAUCAGCGACCCCAUAUUCAAGAAUCAGUGGCAUUUGAUCAAUACCGUGCAAGUGGGUCAGGACAUAAACGUCACCGGUGUCUGGUUGCAGGGCAUCACGGGCAAGGGCAGCAUCGUUGCUAUGGUCGACGAUGGUCUCGACAUGACAAGUCAGGAUUUGAGAGCGAAUUAUUAUGCCGAGGGCUCAUGGGACUUCAACGAUCCCGGCCCUGAGCCUAAACCCAGGCUUUCCGACGAUCACCACGGCACGCGCUGUGCCGGCGAGAUCGCUGCUGUCCGGAAUGAUGUGUGCGGAGUGGGUGUGGCCUACGACGCGCGGGUUUCCGGCCUUCGUAUCCUCAGCAAGCUUAUCAGCGACGAGGACGAGGCCGUGGCGAUGACGUACGAUUAUCAGAAUAAUCAAAUUUACUCGUGCUCGUGGGGUCCCCCGGAUGACGGUCGGUCUAUGGAAGCCCCUGGCAUUGCCAUCCGCCAGGCGAUGCUCAAGGGAAUCCAGGAAGGCAGGGGUGGAUUGGGAUCGAUCUACGUAUUUGCCUCAGGAAACGGCGCUGCGAAUGAGGACAACUGCAACUUUGACGGCUACACCAAUUCCAUCUACAGCAUUACCGUCGGCGCAGUAGAUCGAGCUGGCAAACACCCCUACUAUUCCGAACUCUGCUCCGCGCAGCUUGUGGUGACGUAUAGCAGCGGGAGCAAUGAUGCGAUUCAUACUACCGACGUUGGUGCCAACAAAUGUUAUACUGGUCAUGGAGGCACUUCCGCAGCAGCCCCCCUUGCCGCUGGCAUCCUUGCCCUAGUUUUGGAAGCCCGGUCUGAUCUCUCGUGGAGAGAUGUGCAGUAUAUUUUCAUGAAAACAGCUGUACCUAUCUAUGGCGAAGCCGACGACUGGCAGCCCACGGCGAGCGGGAAGGAGUUCAGCCACACCUUUGGCUUCGGCAAGAUUGACACCUAUGGUGCCGUCGAGCUGGCCAAGACUUGGGAGAAGGUCAAGCCUCAGGCCUGGUACUUCUCUCCCUGGAUCCAUGUCAAUAAGCCCAUCCCCCAAGGAGAGGACGGCUUGUCCGACGAAUUCGAGAUAACCCCCGAUAUGCUGAAGGAGGCCAACCUCGAACGUGUCGAGCAUAUAACUGUCACGAUGAAUGUUAACCAUACUCGGCGCGGCGACCUCAGUGUUGACUUGAUUAGUCCCCAGAACGUCGUGAGCCAUAUUGCAACCACCCGGAAAUACGACACUGCGGAUACUGGUUAUGUUGAUUGGACAUUUAUGAGCGUAGCCCAUUGGGGUGAAAGUGGUAUUGGAAAGUGGAAGGUCGUGGUCAGGGACACCAAACAAAAUGAACAUGAAGGUGUUUGGGUCGACUGGCAUCUGAAACUAUGGGGAGAAUCGAUUGACCCCGAAAAGGCCGUGAAGCUUCCCAUGCCGCAAGAGUCCGAUGACAGUGACCAUGCCAGCGUUGCCACCACGAGCGCUAUCGCUUCUACCACGGCGACUGCCCUUCCUACUAAGACGGCCAUCGCCGAUCCCGGGGCCACGGAUGCUGAUCCCCAACGUCCGGAGAGCAGCAAGCCAACAGAGACCGGAACUGCGGCGCCAGCCACGUCGUCGUCUUGGGUAUCGUGGCUUCCGAGUUUCGGCGUGUCGUCUCGCGCGCAAGUCUGGAUAUACGGCGCACUCGCCCUCAUCAUCGCCUUCUGCAUCGGUCUCGGCAUUUAUCUUUGGUUGGCUCGCCGCAGGCAACUACGAAAUAACCAGGGCAAUGAAUACGAGUUCGAGCCCCUUGCCGAGGAUGCCGAUGGCUACGAAGGCGGCGAGAAGGCAUCCUAUGGCGGUGGGCAAACACGCCGCACGCGCGGAGGCGAGCUCUAUGACGCUUUCGCCGGCGGCAGCGACGACGAUAGCGAUUUCGAAGUGGGAUACAGGGAUGGCUCCUCCGCCGAGCGUCUACCUCUUGAUGCAGACGAACGAGAUGGAGAGGCGGCCCAGCACGUCAUUGGGGAUGACGAUGAUGACGAUGAUGUGGGAGAUCAAGCUCAGCAGAGCCGGCUACUGGAUCCCGGGCGUUAA